GUAACAUAAGAAAAGAUGAAAGGUGAAAUAUCGCUGACUCGUCUUGAGGCUUCAUCUCCAUCACGGACUCUUUUUCGGGUAGAACUGGAAGUUGCUCGAGCGUUAAUGGAAGCUCUGGCAAAUGCUGCAGUCUCUUCUCCCUUCUUCCAAAUCAACCCCAGCAAUGGUUCCAGGCUUCCGCUUAAAGCUCGAACACUUCGCUGCUUCAGGAAGGAUGAGAAUGGCACGAGCUCUUUUACAGAACCUUCACAGAUGGAGUUGGAGGUGCAUAACACGGACACGAUUCAGGAGUCCAUUGUAUCUACCAUUGGCGGAUUAGAAACGAACCAUGAUGACAUUUGGAAACUUUUCAAUGAUGCUCAGAGGAAUAUUCUACACCUUAAUAAACAACGACUAAUGGCCUUAGGGGAGCUCAGCAAGACCCAGAGAGAAAAACAACUGCUGCUUGAUAGAAUAGAACAUUUGGAGGCACAAAAUCAGAGUGUGGUAAAAGGUUCCGCAGUUAAAACAGACAAUCAAUCAGUUUGCUGCGAGUUGCUUCUUCGAAUGGAUUCAAUGGUCCUUUCAGGUCUAAUUGGCACAGAGGAAGCAUCUGAUCUCCGAAGGAUGGUCAUGGAAAACAAAGUUAGUUUAGGUGAUGCUUUCUGUAACAUCCAGCAGAAAGGAGAUACAGAACUGCUGACAGAACUUCGCCACUUUUCGGACAAAAGCAAACGAAUAGGUUUUCACAUAGUGCACAUCUGUACUGAAAUGGCACCUAUAGUUUCUGUUGGAUCUUUGGCAUCAUAUGUGACCGGCAUAUCUUGCGCGCUGCAAAGAAAGGGCAACUUGGUGGAAGUUAUUUUACCCAAGUAUUCAAGCCUGGACCUAGAGGAAGUACAGGGAUUUCGGAAAGUUGAAGCUGAAGUUCGUUCUUACUUUGGUGGUCGCUGGCAUGGAAACAGAAUUUGGACUGGGGUUAUCUAUGGCAUUGGAGUUACAUUUAUCGAACCUCUAUAUCAUUCAUCGUUUUUCAACCGGGACAAGAUAUAUGGCUACUCGGAUGACUUUGAACGAUUUACCUAUUUCUCCCGUGCAUCCCUGGAUUACUUGGUGAAAUCAGGAAAGCAACCUGACGUUUUGCAUAUACAUAAUUGGGAAACAGCUAUUAUUGGGCCACUUUUUUGGGAUAUCUUUGUUAACCAGGGACUUGGAAGCACUAGAAUACUAUUCACAUGUCAUGGCUUCAAUUCUCAGUGUUUGGAGAAGCCGGAUACGUUAGCACUAUGUGGCCUUGAUCCUUCUCGACUUCACCGCCCCGACCGUCUGCAAGAUAAUAUCAAGACGCAUCUUGUUAACAUUUUGAAGGGUGGAAUUGUCUACUCCAAUAAAGUAGUGGUGGCGUCAUCCAUUCACUCAAAAGAUAGAAUCAUUCGCAAUUUGAGCCAUGGAUUGGAAUCCACAUUAGCCAUCCACAAGGAGAAGUUGUUGGUUUCCCCUUAUGGAUUUGAUGAUACCAUCUGGGAUCCUUCCAAAGACAAAUUUCUUCCAGCAAAGUAUUCUGCAGACGAUAUGAAAGGAAAAUCAGUUUGCAAAAUUGCAUUGAAGCAGCGCCUUGGGUUCUCUGGAGAUACAUCUUCUGUGAUCGUCGGAUGCAUCUAUUCCCAAGUUUCAGAUGUUGACUUGGAGAAUCUGAAGGCAGCUGUUUUGCUUGCUAUGAGGAAGGGGGCUCAGUUUGUCUUCAUGGGGGCUAGCAAAACACCAAGUGUUAAUGCUGAAUUGGAAUCAUUUCAAGAAGAACUCAAGGAUGAAAAUGUACGAUUUGUAAACAAAUACAAUGAAGGUGUAGCACACCUAGUCCUUGCCGGAUCCGACAUCAUCUUGUGCCAAUCCUUUCAUGAUCCAGUGCAACAAGUCCCACUCAAGGCAAUCAAGUACGGAGCUGCUCCAGUUGCAAUAACCUUGAAUGAUUACACCUUAAGGCAUUCAGAGAACCACGAUUUUGGGAGCACAAACGUGUCACUGUAUCUCCUCUCUACCUUUGCAAAUAUGUCCCUUAGCCAAGCUCUUGAUCAAAUCAAGAAUGACCCUACUCGGUGGAAUCUGAAGAUAAAGGAUGCGAUGUUGAAAGAUUUCUCAUGGGAUGCAGAGUGCCAUGACAUACAUUCGGAAGCUUACGCAUCAAUAAAGAACUUAUGAAGCUGGCAUAUGAACAUCUGCGCUGCAUGUGUAUUAUGGAGUAUACAUAUAUGUACAUAUGUAUUUAUUAUGGUAGAGACUAUACACAGAUACCUUAAAUUUAUUAGAAUUUCACCUGAUGGUAGCGAUUUGAUGGGCCCCACUGGGAAGCCAUUCAUACAAGUAGAUCUAUGGGUGGUCCAACAAAUGGAAGCAGGGGGGCACCUGAUUGGUCGAGGCAGUAGACCUCAGAUUGCCAAGCUGACAUUUAUGUAUCAGAGAGUCCCAUCUCCCUAUGUAGGACAAUUAUGUGAGAUCCAAGCGUUGCAUCA